GGCUGCAGAGAAAUUACUAGAAGGGACUGAAGAAGUUGUUUAGGCAACUGUCUGAUCCAAUCUGCACUACACCCUGCUGAUGAUUCACGUCAGGCAGAGGGCUCACGGUGUGUUUGAAAGCGGCAUAUCCAGGUAAAGGCUCUGAAAACACUGCACGGCUCCACUAAAACGGCUAACCGAACGGCUAGUUUGUUAGCUUCCCGCCAGCUUAUUGGGUAAAAUGAACGGCCAUCAGAACGGUUUCCAUAACAACUCGCACAUUGAUGAAGACUGUUUCCUCUUCACUUCCGAAUCAGUCGGAGAGGGACACCCCGAUAAGAUUUGUGACCAAAUCAGUGAUGCCGUGUUGGACGCACACCUCAGACAGGACCCUGAUGCCAAAGUAGCAUGUGAAACUGUUGCUAAGACGGGGAUGAUCCUGCUGGCUGGGGAGAUCACCUCCAGAGCCAGCGUUGACUACCAGAAGAUUGUCAGGGACACAGUCAAACACAUUGGUUAUGACGACUCCUCCAAAGGUUUCGACUACAAGACCUGCAAUGUGCUGGUGGCUUUGGAGCAGCAGUCCCCCGACAUUGCUCAGGGCGUUCACAUGGAUCGUAAAGAGGAGGACGUGGGAGCCGGUGACCAGGGUCUGAUGUUCGGAUAUGCCACUGAUGAGACUGAGGAGUGUAUGCCCCUUACUAUUGUCCUGGCUCACAAGCUCAAUGCCAAGAUGGCUGAGUUGCGCCGAGAUGGGACGCUGCCCUGGCUCCGACCCGAUUCCAAAACUCAGGUGACUGUUCAGUACAGACAGGAUCGAGGAGCCAUGCAGCCGCUGCGCGUUCACACUGUUGUGGUGUCUGUGCAGCACGAUGAGGCUAUCGGUUUGGACGAGAUGCGCAGAUGUCUGAAGGAGCAAGUGGUGAAAGCGGUGAUUCCUAGUGGCUACCUGGACGAGGAAACCGUUUACCACAUGCAGCCCAGCGGACGUUUUGUCAUCGGAGGACCACAGGGCGAUGCUGGUCUGACUGGCCGUAAAAUAAUUGUGGAUACUUACGGGGGUUGGGGGGCCCAUGGAGGUGGAGCCUUUUCUGGGAAGGACUACACUAAAGUAGAUCGCUCUGCAGCCUAUGCUGCCCGCUGGGUGGCCAAAUCUCUGGUGAAAGGCGGGCUCUGCAAGCGUGUGUUGGUCCAGGUAGCAUAUGCUAUUGGGAUUGCCCAUCCACUCUCUGUCUCCAUCUUCCACUAUGGGACAUCCCAGAAGAGCGAGAAGGAGUUGCUGGAAAUUGUGAUGAAGAACUUUGAUCUCCGCCCAGGAGUUAUCGUGAGGGAUCUUGAUCUGAAGAUACCGAUCUACCAGCGCACAGCAGCUUAUGGGCACUUUGGUCGAGACAUCUUUACAUGGGAGGUGCCCAAGACGCUGAAAUACUAAACCGCUUUCUCUUUAAGCGGGCAUGAGGUGUACUACAGAUAAACCUGUGUGCUCAUCUACUCCCACCUUCAUCUUCCUUUCUCAUCCUCCCCCCUCUUUCUCCUCACACACAACCACAUCAGCUUCUACGUCAUGAAAACAAUUCCCUUUCUCCACCUGUUAGUAUUGUUCACAUCUCUAUUAAAUGUGAAGAAUAUUUGAGUUGCAGAUGUAAAGUGGAACAAACAUGCUGGAAAAAAAUGCGUACAGAUUUAAGCAGUGCUGCCAGCUUAGAUUUAUCUUCUAUUCUGGCAGCCUACCUCAUUUUUGAAUGAAUAAUGGCCAUUUAUUUCCCUAACACUGCUAGUUGAGAGUGGAUUAACUUAAUCUCUGUGGUAUGUAUUUAAACAUUUUUUAUAGAUGAUUUCCAUAAUGAUCCAUAUGGGUAUUUAUUUACUAAUAUUCAUGAUGAGCAGGAUAUUUGUUCUACUACUAGGUUUUAUCUGGAUCCCUCAAAUCUGGAUCUCACUGUAGAAUAUAGUAAUGCAAGUGAUCAGUGGCAGUCUGCACCCUGGGUUUAGUAAGACUGUGUUUGGUAACAGUAUUUUAAACAUCUUCGCUCUGUUCCCCUCACACACUCACCCUUUUGUUUGUGAAAUCUUGCCGGCUCAAACAGGGUCAAUCACUCAACUCGAUUUGAUUUAGAAUCAGCUCAUUUUUCUCAUUCGUGCUGACCCAUCAGGCCAUUUUUUUUUCUGACGUUUUACAGACAAGUCAGAAGCUGCUAAUGACCUUGUGGUUUUGUUGUACUGCACUAUAAAAUUGCUACAUUUUUGUAAUUUAUUUUAUUGAUUUGAAUCUCGUGAAUGAUCCCCAUUUUUUAACUGUGUCAGUGUUUUCAAGAUAAAGGCGUGGUACAGUACACACCCUGCCUGAGCCGACUCUGGGUGUAGCUACAGAGAAACCCAGCUCAGUCGCCUCCGGGCAGGAGCUGUCUUUAUUCCAGGGCAUCAUUGUGAUUUAUAAAAUGGCUUUAACUGUAACGGGACCAGUAAAGAUGCACAGUUGAUUAAUGUGUGCCACAAUGUUUUGCAUCUAAAUAGUGUUUACCGCUAAGUCGCACAUGUUUAGGGUCCCUGUGCACACAAUGUUAGUGCUGUACACAUGCUGAAGGAGGGUCCCAAUAUGUUGUUGUGUUGUUUAACUUGAAUUGCUCAGCACAUUGGUUCUUUGAGUUACCAAAAGUGGAAAAGGCCUAUAUUUUCAAUCUUGCGUGUCCUGUAGAGUAGCUCCUAAAUGAAUGUUCAGCUUUUCUUUAUCUUUAUUUAUGUUUUUAAAACUGCAUUCCUAUACCAAAACGUUAUGGAUGGCACAAGUCUGUUUUUUCUAAUUAGUAAUUAGUUAUUACUUACUAAUUACCAACUAAAGUUAGUACUUACUAAGUAAUUACUCCUGGGUUUAUUGAGAGUUUAGUGCAGAUAAAGCUAGGUGAUGUGUGUCAGGGACCCUGGCCAGAUUGACCCCAAAUACAUUGUGAAUACACAGUAUUUCAAUGCGUUCCUUUGACUUUACUCCCGGAUGAGUAUUCUUACAAUAUAUUUGUUAAUGAUAGCCAGCUGCAAACCCGAGUGAAGUCGGUUUUCAACUUUAAAUCAUCACAGUUGGUAUUUUGUCUGAGCUGUGUUUAAAAACAAUGUCCUCAGUGUGUAGCCAGAUGGCAGUGUUUCUUCAUACUGAAAUCGAGAUUUAUUGGUUCUGCUCUGACGACACUGAUUUAGUUUGGCUCCUCUAGCUUCGCCUUGUGGGUUUUCGAGUGUACUGCAACACAGAAAGGAACCACAGAAAGGGCUGAGAGCAUUUUAAAAGAAGCUUGUAUCCAAGUGAUCAUUCACUGUAGUAACUUAACCUCUCAAAUUUUGUAUUAACAAUAUGUUUAAAUCCUCCACAGAUUAGACAAAUGCUUGGUUGGUGUUGUACAGAGAAACCAGCCUGUUUAUGUUGUCUCCUGUGGUUGGGUAACAUUCUUUUUCUGUUGAAUAAUUUUUAUAAUUUGAUGAAGUUUAAGUGUGGUAGCUGAAUGUGUUAAAGUGCCUUUUCUAUUUUACUGCAAUGCCCUUAUCCCUUUCCCCCAAAUAUCCUACUCCUUGCCUAAUGAAAUCCACCCGAGCUUCUAAUCUGACGUGGUAAAAUAUCCUGCUUCAACAAUUCACACUGAGUUGUUGUUGAGUUCUUUCAAACCCUUUGAAAAUAAACUGCACUCUUCUUUAUGCUCAA